CACAGAAUGAUCUUGAACUAGUGCAACUGUUCAUGCAGACUUGGCGAGAGGACUGGUUGAUGAUCUGCCGAGAGGCCAGGAGGUAUCUCGGACGACUGCGCACGCAUCAAUUGUCUGCGCGGGGAAAAGAUGAUCGACUCAUUGAUUCCAUAGCCAAGCACAUGCAGCGAUGGACUCACGUUCAGGGAUUGCUGGCGGAGCAGCUAAGCCAAGUCCGAGACUUUGUCACCCAGUAUCAGCGGUUCAGCGAGACGCGCAAAUUCACCGAGCAGAUGCAGGAUAUGAUCUCCGAGCUCGAACGGGAUAUAUCAGGACAGAUCGAUAAGCUGGAGCAGACGGUCCGCGACCUGCUUCAGAUUGAAUUUGCAUGGGUGUCGAUUAACGAAGCACAUCGAUCGACUAGUUUGGCAACUAGUAUGAAACGACUUAGUUGGAUUACGGUAGGAUGUCAUCUGCAGAGGACCUAUAUAGCACUGACGAGCUGUAUCUUCGCAGUUUAUCUUUCUUCCUUUGACUUUCGCCUCUGUGAGCAUUCCCUCUGUGGCAGUGCAGAACAGUUUACUCACCUUGUCUAGAGCUUAUUCGGUAUGAAUGUGGAUAUCCUGGAAGAUAACCCAUCCUGGCGUUGGUACCCUCUUAUUGGGGGCGUGCUACUGCUCCUGUCUGUCGCCAGCUGGGUGUUUUUCAAGUUCAUCAAUGUG